AUGAUCUAUUAUGGACGCGAACGACGCCGCUGCGUAUAUUGGAAUGGGACGCCACUUGAAAUAAAUAACGAACAACGGGAUGAAAUAUGGGAAAUACUAUGCGAGAAGAUUCCGCCUAGUUUCGAAGAAGAGUGCCAGGAGGUCCUGGGCGAGUACAUGGAUGUGUUCUCGAUCGAGCCUAGGCCGGCGUCGACGAAACUAGCUGAACAUCGCAUAGUUCUACGCAACGACUACCCCGUAAAUACACCACAAUAUAGAUGUUCGGAGGAAAAGAAACGAAUAAUUAACAAGGCCUGUGAAGAAAUGUUGCAACAGGGGGUGAUCCGACGAAGUACAUCAGAGUACAAUUCACCAGCCCUGCUUGUGAAGAAGAAGGAUGGUAGCCAGCGCUUCUGUGUGGAUUACCGUAAGCUGAAUGAAAAAACGCUCGUCGAAACAGGCACAUUACCCCCAAUUGACGACACGCUUAAGGAGCUGGGUGAAGCACAGUACUUCACGACCCUAGACCUUAAGGCUGGUUAUUGGCAGGUAUCUGUACACGAGACGUCUAAGCGAUACAUGGCGUUCACAACACCAGACGGCGGCAGCUACGAGUUCAACGUCAUGCCCUUCGGGUUAUCUGGAGCUCCAGGUACCUUCCAGAAGCUCAUGACGGAAGUACUGCGAGGCCAAUUACAUCGUUUCGUGAAGGUGUACCUAGACGACAUCAUCGUCUAUAGUAAGACGCCGCAGGAGCACUGCAGCUUCGCCGCGACGCAUAUAGAGUACCUAGGGCACAUCGUCACCAAGAACCACAAUCUGCCACAAGAACGGCACCUUACGCGUAUACAAGAACACGCGCCGCCGAAAAACGUCAAGGAGUUGCGACAGUUCCUCGGGCUUGCCGGAUGGUUACGUGAAUACGUGCCGCGGUUCGCCUUACUGGCAGCUCCUCUGACAAAUCUGUUAGAUGCAAACCGACGGUUCCGCUGGACAGCUAGGGAGCAGGAGGCUUUUGACGAGCUCAAGCUUGCUUUAGUUCACCACGAGCCCCUGCACAGGCCAAAAACCGGCCUGCCUUACUGUCUGCAGACCGACGCCAGCGCCGUAGGAAUGGCCGCCGUGCUAUUCCAGGAAAACGACGACGGCACCAGAAGAUUAAUUUCCUGCGCGUCAUCGAAGUUCUCGAAAACCGAGUCGAGGUACCACGUGAACGAGCAAGAGGCCCUUGCGGUGAUUUUCGGUAUUAGGAAAUAUCGUCAACACCUGGAGGACCGCGAGUUCACCCUCUACACGGAUAGUAGAGCACUUCUUUGGCUAGACCGGUACAAAGACGAGAAAACGAAAUUAACCCGGUGGGCCUUAAUGCUACAAGGAUACCGGUUUCGUAUCGUCCACGUACCAGGUCGCGUAAACGAAUUACCAGACUUUUUAUCACGGAACCCCGAGGAGGAAGCGCGUGAAGAAUGUCCACCCGAGACCGACGACAGGAUGUACCCGGUCGUGAACCACGUCGAGGAAGACGCAGGCCGAGAACAAAAUCCGCCGCUGGAGCAAGAGGAGCUCCAGCUCGUCGAGGAUGGUGACCACGUACGUGCAGUGAAUGCACCGGGAGGACAAGAUGACAACCGGUCCAACGAGGGAGAAAACGUUGAGGAAGCGAACGACGAAGAUGAACCCGUCGAAGAAGAGAUCCAAGAGGAACCGCCGAAUCUUGGAGGGCUACCCGCCGAAGACGUGCCGCUGUUCGAGCGCGUUCAGCGAGCACAAGGCGAAGACGACCAGUGUCGUACAGACAGGGCUAGGCUGUACCGCAUACAGCGCGAUGGCCCCGAAACGGAGACGGAGCGUCGUAUCGCCGAGGCCUACAUCUUCGAGCGAGGCUAUAUCUGGAGGAGAUAUGGCGAUCGCCGCGCAUUGUACGUACCAGGUACAAUGCAGGAGGAAGUUGUAGAAGCCUACCACGACGCCGUACUCGCCGCACACCCAGGGCGAGACGAAACACUUCGGGCCAUCCAGAGGUACUAUGACUGGCGCGGCAUGCGAGAAGCAGUCGCCGACCACGUCAAAGCGUGCCUCGUAUGCGCGUCAACCAAGGCCGGAAACGGGCAGCCUAGGGCUCCGCUCCGACCUCGAGUCCCCACGGAUGCGGCACACACCUGGAGCUUUGACGUUCUAGGGCCGUAUCCGGAAACACGCCAAAAGAACAAGUACGUUAUAAUCGCUGUGGAUAUCUUCAGCAAAUGGGUGGAGGCCAUCGCCGUACCGCGAGUACGCCACCAGGAGAUGCGAGCCUUCGUCCAAGACAUUUGCACGAAAUGGGGGUAUCCACAAGCGUGCAUAACAGACAACGGAGGAGUUUUCCGCGGAGGACAAUGGCUGAGGUACCUGGAGGAGAUGCAGAUUACCCCGUAUUACGCCGCGGUCUACCACCAGCGGGCGAACCCAGUGGAGCGCCGGGUUCAAGAAUUCAAAAAGGUGCUACGAACCAGACGUGACGCAGAUCGUAGGUGGGACGCCUACAUCAACGAAACGCUGUUCGUACUCCGGAAUAGAACCAACGCCUCCACGGGGAUGACGCCCAGCGAGAUCAUGACGGGAGGUUUGCUCAAACGCCCCGGCGAAUGGGUGAUACCCCCGCAGGUCGCGCCACCCGCUCAACGCACGGUAGAGGCCCGUAAUGAACGGAUGAGAAGAGCCAGGGACCGCCAGCAGAUUUUUCAGCGGAAUCUCUACCCCGAACCCCGAGAAGCACCGCUAGAAUUCGCCGUCGGUGAGGAGGUCAUGACACGUGUCUGGCCAGGGACAUCCGCCGAUCCGUUUUGCGCCAAGUGGACAGGACCACACCGCGUCGUGCGUCGAGAGGGAGAGACGACAGAGUUGAACCACGGACCUGGCGAGAAGGAACCACCGUCGGGGCCGCCCUACGCCAUCGACGCCGUCCCCACCGCACCAGAGCCGGGAUCAGGGCAGUCCAAGAAGACCUGCGACCUUUUUCCCCGUCCCUAA